AUCGUAGCUACGUAAAAUAACCAUAGAUACUUGUUUCUGUGUUUUUGCGCAUUUCAGUGCAGCGGUAGAGGUGCUCCUGCCGCGCACACGUACAACGAACGGCGCUGGCAGAAGCGUAUAUCGUAUGCAAGUAUCUGUAUGUAUAUGUAGUAACUGUAACGUGGACCACACUCUAGCUAUAGAUUUCCGUGCAGAUGCGCUUUAUCCGCUUGAAAACAAAUGACGUGGCCUCUGUCGUCGUCGAAGCUCAUUCUGCUCUGCGGAAAUCACGACUCUGGUGAGAAGGACGCUGACAGUGUGCUGUGUUGUUGCAUCAGCUCCACCUGUUCUAGUCCUUAAUCGGAACUACGAAGCCAUCGCGUCCAUAAGGUUCUGGAUACAACGUCAGAACAGAAGAUCAAGAUGAGCGUGUGGACCUUGCGGAACUGCAUUCACGUGAGCAUCGUGAUGGUGUGCAUGUGUGGGUACCUCAUCGGUGUGUGUAUCGUCGUGGACCGCUUGAAACUGGACUUUUACUACGAGGAAACUGCUGUCGCGACAGCCGAGUUUUUCCGCAAUGGCAAGUACUACAAAGAGAAGACCGAUCGCGUUGCAAUGAAAUUGCUCCAGCGAGAACUACCGAUGGGAGCCGAAGCCGGCAAGGACAGCACCUCCGGGGAUGGUCGCACACAGGGUGAACACGCAGCAAGUGCAAGUCCUAGCGACGAUGCUGGUAGACUCCUCCUCCGUGAUCAUCAGAAAAAAAGCACCAGGCUGCUGACAGUGAACUCGGUCACCGGGAUGAUCGACGAGGACGCUGCGGCGGAGAAUAAAGCAGCACCGGCGGACACUCUGAUGACUAGUCGCACAAGAACGGGCACGAGUGUGGCUAAGAUCGGAGUACCUGUUGACAGGGACCGCGCAGAAUCCCGAAAGUCAGCCGAACACGAGGCGGCGCUGCAUUGGCAGUUGAGAAUACGAGGGUGUUGAGUCUUUUGAUGUUUGAAGAUGCAGAACCUCUGUGGGUGCAAGCGACAACAUAAACGAUUGUUGAUGAAUGAAGACGAACUCAGACUGAUGAUGAAAUCAAUGAAAAACUGGAUCAAUACGACAGGUGGAUUUGGCUGGGAUCCGUGAUGUGCAUGUGGUUUUACGUAGUGCUGAACAUGCGGGUGUACGGAAGGCACCUCUGGGAGGAUUGGGACGCGAUGUUUCCGAGCGCGCUGCUGCGAAAGGCGGUCGCGGCCCUGCUGGUUUUCGUUUUUGCCGCCCAGGUGUUUAGCAACACGCACCGCGUAAUGGGGUUCCACCCGUGGUACAGUUGGUAUGCCGACUUUUGCAGGGAGGGCCUUGUCCACGUCACCACCUGCGCACAAGCGUUCAAGUCACAAGCGAUCACCGCGACCGAAACCGUCUCGGACAGCAUACUCGCGAGGUCGCGCGACGCAGCCAGCCUGGGACGACAUGUUUUUUCCACGGGAUCGGCAUUCCUGCAGCAGACGGCGGAGGUCGUUCGCAGUGACGGGCUGCUCCAGACCCUGGUAGACCUCUACCUGAACUGGCAUCACCAGCAACGAGUCGCAGAAGCAGACCUUAUCCUGGCGAUGCAGGAAGGACGGCAGCCCUUGAUGUUACGGAAGAAAAUAGAGCCGCUGCUAUAAAAAUCACCCCUGUUCUCACAAAUGUGAUGCUGCUUCGCAUUUGUAGAUGCGAGUGCGACUGGAGGAAGGGGGGACUCUCACUACUUCCUUGCUGCUGCAUGAAGGUCAUUGUGAUAGCUGGUAGUACGAAGCGGGACGUAUUGAGUUUGAGCAGGUGACAGUUGUCAAUUUGACGUUUGCAGCGCUCAGCCUCAGGCCCUCUUUGACGUUCUUAGCUCUACCGGUCCACGUCGAAAAUCCUGCAUUUUUGUAUCUGUUUCCAUGUCGGUUGCAAAUUAUUAAAGUAUCACGUACCUAGCUCCUGUUGCGGUUUGAUCAAUUGCCAGAGGCAUAGCGAAGCAGCGUUGGCUUUUCCUUUGAAUAGUAUUUGGGCAACAAAACAUCUCCCACCCCAGCGAACUCAACAGUUGCUGGCGCAACCGCGUCGUCGCAUACCAUAGAAAUACUAGCUGGAGGAAGUUCCGGCUCAUCUUCCUUUGCUUCAAGGGACAGACGGCGAAACCAGGUGAAUUCGAAGGCGGGCGUUCGUAUGUAAUGCAACAGCAUCAACGACUUUACCGUACAAUGUAAAAAGCGUACAAUAGCGUAGAAAAAUGCUGAACAAAUUUUAGUUCAUUUUACCAGAAGGAAUCCAGCGCCCGUACUAUUUGUUGUUUCGGACUACAAUGACAAAUAAAAGACAAAGAAUCUUGUCAUGCAGGAGCAGCAGAGUCAGGAUCUUUACGAUUGCGUCUGAGUACUUGUCCGGUAAAUUUUGAUUUACAGCGCAUAGUCUUGCCCCGACCACGCGCAGCAGCUUCCGGACACGGUGACCUGUGAGAUUUUUUCUACGACCGACGAUAAAACCACGACUGGUGAUGAAGUUCGGCGCAUUUUAAAAAGAGGUGCAGGAGCUCUUCGAUUUCGUCGUAGUACUACUACACCCAGGACAACGGUAAAAUGACCGGGAGAGGGACCCUCUAGCUAUUACUGAAAAUUUAAAUUUGUGUUGUAAAUGUUUGACAUGUUUUUGUUCAAGAAAAACACUAUGUGAAAUACGAAUACCAGCAGGUGGGCUCAAUCUACUUGUACUUGCGUGAUAUUUUACAACACGACUCGCAUGCGUGCCGCUAGGCGCCGGUUGUCGAGCCUCCACCACCUUGUCCUCUUCUUAAAAAAAUAUCGUCAUUAAACAUAUUUUAGGCCCUCGAACUGUACAUAUUUCAUUGCAAAAGAAGUAGAAUGAUGCAUGUGUUUUAUUCACUGAGCGAUAAAUUGAUUUCAAAUUAAUCAGGAGUGGGGUGUAUUUUUCUCAAAUUGUCAUCGCCCGAACCCGGGAGACGGAAAAAACCAUUUGCCGUGUCGUUAUCACGUCUGCGCUUAGCCUUAGCGCGGAAGUAUCAUUAUUUCAUCGAGAUUCAGAUUGCAACUUGUCGGAUUUUUACUCACUCACCGACUUGCGCUACACUUCACAACAUCAAGUUUUCUACUUGAGCUUUUGAGUCGGUUG